CGCGGAGUCCCGCUGCAACGCCUCACCUCGCCACGCCUCGCCAUGGCAACGCCUGCGCUACCUGCUACUGCCGCCGCCGCCGCAGCCUACGUGCUUGCAGCAGCGAUGCUACUGCCCCUGGUGUCGUCGUUACCGCAGCUGAGAGCAGACUCGCAAAUCGUGUUCAGCGCAGACGAUGACAGCAUCGGCCCCAGGUUCCUGGCUGGGGGCACGUCAGCUAACGAGGUGGGUCGCAGCACGCGCUACCCAGGCGGCUGGGGCAGGCCCCUUUUCAUCACGACAACGCCCAAGCCUGAGCAGCCGCGCCGCCAGACGCGGCCGCCCUACGUCGACUACGACGAGCUGUUCAUCUUCGAUCGGCCCUCCAUGCCCAUCGAGUACGUGCCGCGCACCACCAGCCCCGCCACCACCACCGACAGUGGCUCCACGCGCGAGAACUGCAACUGCCCCACCACCAACGAGUACAACCCCGUCUGUGGCACAGACCACGUUACCUACUCCAACCCGGGGCACGUCUACUGUGCCAAGUACUGUGGCAAGAACGCUGCACUCACAGAGAGGAUCGCCAUGGCAACGCAAGUGUCUGUCACCGCCGCCGCCGCCGUCAUAGUGCUCGUAGGUCUACUUGUGCCCCAGAUUUUCGCAUUGCCACAGUUCGAAAGAGAACCUGAAUUUCCACCAGAUGCAGGUGAAGACGACAUUGAACCAUGGUUCCCGAUGAGAGGCUGGCCUGGGAAUGACGUACAUCCUGACAGGUGGCAGCCUGACGACUGGCCCCCUCCCUUCUUCCCGCACACGACCAGCCGGCGCCAGCGUUUCUUCACGACCACGACCAGCCGGCCGCCGCGCCGCCAGCAGCAGACCAAACGCCCAGAGCUGGACUGGUCACCCCCACCUCCUCAGGAUUUGGACUGGCGUCCCAGACCUCCUCAGGGUCCUCGGCGAACCCUGAGGCCUCCCACGUCUACCGUUGGUGUCAGGCGUACCACGAGCCGUCCGACCACGAGCCGUCCAAUCACGAGCCGUCCAAUCACGAGCCGUCCAAUCACAAGCCGUCCAACCACGCCCAUCGCUGGCACCACACCCCAGGACUGCAACUGCCCGUCCACCAACGAGUUCAAUCCCGUCUGCGGCACCGAUGGCGUGUCAUACCCCAACCCCGGCCGUCUCCGCUGUGCCAAAGACUGCGGAAAACGUGUGUCUGUGUAUCACAUAGGCAACUGCGUGACGACAUCGACAAGCCCACCGAGCAGAGUCGUCUCCGGCCUUCCACCGUGA